AUGCCGUCAAUGCACGAGCGUAUCCGCGAAGAUCUCCUCAAUAAAGAACGUGCCCUAUGGACUGCACUUACAUCUGCAGAUCCUGCACCAGCGAUCUUCAAACUCAGCAACCCCGAAGCAAACUUCAUGUUCCCUCGAAGGGAAAUCCUCACCCUCGAAGAUGAAGAGUACUUUAAGAAGAUGGUUCGGCCACCAUUCCACCGAUUCGAUGCCUAUCAGUUCGAGCAAGUCCGAGUUAUCAUUGUCGAUUUAAUGGCCGGCGUGGUCACAUGCAAGGUCCGCGCUACAAGAGGGAAGAAAGAAUACAUUGCGACGAGCUCGACGACUUGGAGUCAGGGCUCCGAUGGAGAGUGGACACUUGCUGCCCACCAGGAAACUUUGCUGUGA